AUGUCGACUCCUUCUAGAAAGAGACUCAUGUGGGAUUUCAAGAGACUGCAGAAAGAUCCUCCCGUGGGGUUAAGUGGUGCUCCUAAAGAUAACGAUAUCAUGCUCUGGAACGCUCUCAUCUUUGGACCUAGUGACAGUCCAUGGGAAGGAGGUACCUUCAAGUUGACUCUUCAGUUCACAGAGGACUACCCAAACAAACCACCAGUAGUUCGGUUUGUUUCACGGAUGUUUCAUCCAAACAUUUAUGAUGAUGGAAGCAUUUGCUUGGAUAUAUUACAAAACCAAUGGAGUCCAAUAUACGAUGUUUCUGCAAUACUCACAUCAAUCCAGUCUCUGCUUUGUGAUCCAAACCCUAGCUCGCCAGCAAACACAGAAGCUGCAAGGCUGUUCAGUAAUAACAAGCAAGAAUAUAACAGGAAAGUAAUGGAGACCGUGAAGCAGAGCAACGUAUAAUAAUGAUAUGAUUCAAUGUUUGACUGCUGAGUGAUUGAACUAAAUGGGAUUUAUAAGUUUCAAAAUGAGAAAUAUAUUUGAUAACUAAUAAAUAGACAAACUUAAAACAGGGACAUCUCAAAUGAAGAGAAGGGGAGAAGAAAAAAACAUAACACAAUUACAAAACCAAGCAAAUAAAAUAUUUGUUGUUUUUUUCAAACAGAACUUGCAUAAGCGUUUCAACUAUGUACCUUGAACAAGCAUUCAAACCAAUAUAAAAAAGAGUUGAUUGAGAUGUGAAGAAACGCUUCUCUGUUCUUCACUCAAACCUGGACUUCUUCUCCUGCACCAACAACAACCUGCAGUGUGCAGCAAGAUCGUGUGUUAGUCUCUUUUAGAUACAGAAGAGAUUUGAUUCUCUGAACUAAAGAAGAAGAUUUUACUCACAGAGUUUUC